AUGAUAAAAUCCUGCGACUCAUGCCAACCUGAACAGGCCAUUGAACCAGAUUCAUUAAAUGAAAGUAUUAGUGGUCCUAGUGGAUCUGAAGAAUCUUCUAGUCUUUCUAGGGAGCCUACACCGCCCAUGUUUGUACCCAUAAAGAGAAGUGCAAAAGAAAAGCAAAAAGAUUUAAAUGAGGCUAUAGCUGGAACCAUGGAAGUAAUGAAAAACGCAAUAGAAAAUGACUCCACAAAAUAUAUCCUUGCGCUUAUGAGAGAUGAUAUGAAGCAAGCAAGAGAACAAGACCUCAGAUUUCAGCAAUUAAUGGGAACUAAUUACAACAGCAAGUAUCAUCAAAUCAGGCUGCACAAUCUUGGCCAUAUAUAG